AUGGGGGGCAAAUCCGAAAACAAGGCCGGCUACUUCGAUAAGCUCAAGGGCUUACUCGAGGAGUACAAGUCCAUCUUCAUCGUCACCGUCGACAAUGUCAGCUCUCAACAAAUGCACGAGAUCCGUGGAUCUCUCCGUGGUGAGGGUGUUGUCUUGAUGGGAAAGAACACCAUGGUCCGCCGUGCCGUCAAGGGCUUCGUUGGCGACAACCCAGAAUACGAGCGUCUCCUUCCUUUCGUCAAGGGUAACGUCGGUUUCGUUUUCACCAACCAAGACCUCAAGACCAUCCGUGACAAGAUUCUCGACAACAAGGUCGCUGCUCCAGCCAGAGCUGGUGCCGUUGCCCCAGCUGAUGUCUACGUCCCAGCCGGUAACACCGGUAUGGAACCAGGAAAGACCUCUUUCUUCCAAGCUCUCGGUGUCCCAACCAAGAUUGCCCGUGGUACCAUUGAAAUUACCGCAGACUUGAAGCUCGUUGAGGCUGGUUCCAAGGUCGGAGCUUCCGAGGCUACCCUUCUCAACAUGUUGAACAUCUCUCCGUUCACAUACGGUAUGGGUAUCUCCCAAGUUUACGAUGCUGGUAACACUUUCCCACCAAGUGUUCUCGACAUCGAGGAGUCCCAACUUCUCAAGGCUUUCAGCAGUGCUAUCACCACCAUCGCUGCUAUCUCCUUGGCUGCCAACUUCCCAACCCUUCCAUCUGUUAUGCACUCUGUUGUCAACAGCUACAAGAAGGUUUUGGCCGUUGCCAUCUCAACCGACUACAGCUGGUCUGAGAUUGAUGAGUUGAAGGACCGAAUUGCCAACCCAGAGGCCUACGCCAGUGCCGGACCUGCCGCUACUGAGGCUGCCCCAGCUGCUGCUGCUGCUGAGGAGGCCAAGAAGGAGGAGUCUGAGGCUGAGGAGUCCGCUGAUGAGGGAUUCGGAGGAAUGUUCGACUAA